CCAAGGACUUGUUGGACAUUGCUUUUCAUCCUGGCGUCGCACCCUGACCAACAUGUUAUCAUCUCGAGCUCACACAAUGGUAUUCUGCAGGAGGAUGUUCUCGACCUCCCGGUCCAUCCUCAGCCAUGACAAUCCUCUGGGCUUGCCUCGUUCCGGAACGCCCCCGUCCUUCCCCCGUCGUCGUGGCCUGCCUCAGAAGCGCACGAUCCGAGAUGUCAAGAAAGUGGUAGCUGUUUCCUCUGCCAAGGGGGGUGUGGGUAAAUCGACGGUUGCUGUAAACCUUGCCCUUGCCUUUGCUCGCCGAGGUAUCAAGACUGGAAUCCUUGAUACCGAUAUCUUUGGCCCAUCAAUUCCAACGCUACUCAACCUGUCCGGCGAGCCUCGUCUCGAUGAAAACAACUGCCUUGUCCCCCUUACAAACUACGGCCUCAAGUCCAUGUCAAUGGGCUACCUCCUUCCACAAACACAAUCCGAUAGCCCCACCGGUGAAGUGCCCAUGGAUACAACCCCGAUCACCUGGCGUGGCCUCAUGGUCACAAAAGCCAUGCACCAGCUUCUACACUCAGUCUCUUGGGGCCCACUCGAUGUCCUCGUUCUGGACCUUCCCCCGGGAACUGGCGACGUCCAGCUCACUAUCAACCAAGAAGUUGUCAUCGACGGUGCCGUGAUCGUGACGACUCCUCAAGACAUCGCGCUCCGGGAUGCAGUUCGUGGCUUCGGCAUGUUCCAGCGCAUGGAAGUCCCCGUUCUCGGCAUGGUCCGCAACAUGGCCUACUUCGCAUGCCCCAAUUGUGGUCAUCAAACCCGAAUUUUCUCACAUGGAGACGGAAAUCACUCGCCUUGCGAGGAUCAUGGCGUGGUUGCAGAGUGCAAGCGGCUCGGAGUCGAUUUCCUUGGCGACAUUCCCCUCGAUGCGCAAGUGUGUGAAGAUGCGGACCGUGGCAAGCCAACUAUGGUAGCAGAGGAGAAUGUCGAAAAGAGUGUCCGACGCCAGGCUUUCCUUGACGUUGCUGAACAAGUGGCCAAGAAGAUUGGCUUGGAGUGGCACUAGAACAUCAGUGUCCUGAUUAUUCUCACGAUUGUAUUAUUAUCAAAGGUCUUACGUGAGCGUGUAUAUCCAUGCUUGCAUUCUCCCGGAUCCGUUUCAACCAGCGCUGGUGGCCCACACUCUGUAUUUUAGCGUCCUUGCUCUGUACCAACGAAUUUAAUUUCUCCGAUUUUCUCUAUGCCGUCGCCCAAAAAUUCAUCUGAUAGAUUAGGGCACUACUC